AAUGUUUAUCGUAAAGUUGACAAUCAUCACUUGACCAAAUAAUUUAUUAUUUAAACAGCAAUAUUCUACAACAAGUAAAAUUUAUUUUUUCUAAUAAACAAAACUUUAACAUGAAAAAUCGAAUAAUAACUGACUUGUUUAUAGCGUUAAUGGCUUUCAUAAUAUGUGAAGCAGAAAAAAAAUACUUUAACAAUAGCUUGGUAGAUUUUCACUUGACAUCUGUAAAUGGCAAAAAAGUUUCAAAAAGAAAUUCAUAUUGUCUCACAUUAACAAAAGAUGAGCUGAUGUCACAUUACCAAUCUUUUUCAGAUUAUAAUCCUCAAUAUUUAGCUGCAACAAUUGAAGAGGCAGUUCUUUUUCCAAAUUUGUUAUGGGAUAACAAAGACAUAGUAAACUAUAUGUUUAUAAUAAAUGAAUUAAAAACAAUUUAUAAAAAAGUGUUAAAUCCUAACGAUCUCUAUUCAAUUUUAAAGUUUAAAAAUCUUGUGGAAAAGAGUUUAAAUUUGAGCAUGAGCAAGAGUACAGGUGUGACCACAGGUAAUAUUAGAAGAACUAAAGAGCGAACAAUAAUACAAACAAAAUUUUGUGCUGACGCAAAUUCAACACAUCCAAAGACUAAGCUGGUCCAAUUGUGUGCACAAUGUACUGCAAGAACAGAAGAAAAGCCUAACUGGUUUCCUCGGUACGUUAAUGAAAUUAUUUGUGGUACAGACAAACAAAACAAUAAUGGAAACUUUUGCUUUCAAAAUGAAGGUGUUUGCACGCAAAUUAUGACACCAAUGAAGUUUUUAGUAAAGACAAAUGACUGUGAGCUUAAAAUUAAAGACGGAACUACGGUGAAUGUUGAAAAAUGGAAAGAAAUUAGCAAAGAUAUUAGAACAUCUUGUGAAUGUCGAAUGUUUGAAAAUUCUUACAUUAGAAAAUUGAUGUAGUAAAAAAAAAUUGAUCUAGUAAAAGACAAGCUUAAAAA